AGCGCUCUCCUCCUACACGGGUGUAACAGCGGCCACCAUCACAUUAACCUGAAUGAAAACAUACUAGCUCUAGCUUGAAGGCUAGUUGCACUUCUCUGCAGCAAAAUCACCCGACAGCACAAUACCCACACCAGCCUACCUCGCUAAGUGCAUGAAUUGGGAUGUCUGCAGCCGACUGGUACGCUCACAAAUCGCUCGGAGACGGACUCUUCUGGAUCCAGGAGCGAUUCUACCAGUCAGAGAACCGGGCCAACAUCUGGCUGCUCCGCGGCACACACCAGGACGUGGUUAUAGACACUGGUCUGGGCUUGAGGAGCUUACCUGACUACAUUGACGCCAAGGGGCUGCUCGGCAAAGAUCCUCAGAGGAAGAACCCGCUGCUUGCCAUCGCCACCCACGCCCACUUCGACCACUCGGGCGGCCUGCAUCAGUUCCGACAGGUGGGCGUCCAUAGCGCCGAGGUCGAUGCCCUGGCCAACGGAGACAACUUCGAAACGGUCACCUGGCUCAGCGACAGGGAGAUAGCCGAGGCUCCCAGUCCAGGAUGGAGGGCAAGGCACUACAAAGUCAAGGCUGUGCAGCCCACACACAUACUGCAAGAGGGUGAUGUCAUCAACCUGGGUGACAGACAGCUGAUGGUGCUCCACAUGCCUGGUCACUCUCGGGGCAGCAUCUGCCUCCAUGAUCGUGACAAUAAGUUGCUCUUCAGUGGAGACGUAGUGUACGACGGCGCCAUGAUUGACUGGCUGCCCUACAGCCGCGUCAGCGACUACAUCAGUAGUUGUGAGCGCCUGGUGGGGCUGGUGGACAGCGAACAGGUUGACCAAGUCCUCCCAGGACACUACAACACCUUUGGUGCGAAGCGGCUCCAUCGGAUUGCGUCCACAUAUAUCAGCAGAGCUGGAACGUGCCCUGCAAAGUUCUCCACAUUUGCCUGGAGUACUCUGGCUGGGGUGGCGCUGCGGGCGUUCAACCCACGGAGCGCCUGCUAAGGAGAGCGGAUCAUGGAGCUGGAGGAAGCAUAAGUGCACAAAGAAAAAUGUUUAAAUAUGGAGGACAUGAAAGAGGGUGAGGAGGGGAGACACCCCUCAUUUAAACAUUGUUCAUUUACUUAUGUAUUCCAACAGAAUUCAUAUAAUUGCCAAACUUUGCGUAAAAUGCCCCUAUUGGGUUACAUAAGUCACUUAUCAGCAUCUUAUGAAGCAUAUAAUAUGGAGUAUUUAUUAGUGUGAUUUUGUCAUAUACUGAUGAUUAUGUAUAUGUUGGCCUGAAUAUGAUUAGAUGUAUGGUUUUUUAUACUUUAAGCAGAUGUUUAGUUACAAUAGCACAACAAUGGUACAACUCUGCACUACAAACAGAAAGCAGGGAGCUUUGGGUUUUCCUCUGAGACAUUCGAAAGAGACUCAGUAUGGCCAUAGUAUUUCUCUAUGCAUAAUAUAAAGCUCAGUGAAGACUCGGUGUCGACUACCUCCUAUGUUUGUAAGAGUGCUUUGUACUAUUGACUAAUCUACGGCUUUGCUAUUGAAACAUUGACAAUAAAGCUUCUGUUCUACCUG